ACGCCCCGCAGCGGCUUCGCAACAGCCCCGCGCGUCAGGAAGUUACGCCACGGGCCGAGAACGCGCCGCGGAGGAAGUGUCACGAGCGCGAUCCCACGGACACAACGAGCCGCGAAGGAGCCGCGAAGGAGCCGUCAAAGAGCCGUGAAGGAGCCCCUGAAAGAGUCGUAAAGGAGCCGCGAUGCUCUCCGGGACCACACAGGUGUGACCACGUGACCGACCGUGGAGAGCUGCACGAGGACAGGUAUGGCUCUGGUCACUCUGGUCCUUCUGGUCUGGACUCUGGUCUGGUCUGGACCGAGCGCCGCUUCACAACACGGCGACUGUAAGAACUUCCGUCUGCAGUUCGAGCGGGUCUUCUCGGUGCCGGGCGAAGUGGCGAUGCUGAACAGCACUCUGCUCUCGCCCUCGUGCCUCAACCUGUCGGCCGAGGCCCCCGACGUCGCCUGGUACCGGCUGGACUCCGACCGGCCGCUCGCCAACCGCAGCGGGCGCCUCCUGGUGGCGGCCGAGACCCUGUGGUUCCUCAACGUCACCCUGGAGGACGCCGGCGAGUACGUGACCGUGGUCAGGACGCCGGGGGGAUGCUGUCGUCAGGAGACCAAACUGAUUGUGGACGUGCCGCGGUCCCCGUGUGGACGUCCCAACAAAGCAGGACAACGUCUGACCAAAGGAGUGACCGACCGCCUGGCCUGUCCCCUCAAAGACUACGUCCACAAACUGUCCAGCUACGGCCUCAACUACUCCAUCACCUGGUUCAAGGGCUGUGAGCGGGUCGUGGACUCUCGGGGUCGGUUCGAGUACUGGGGCACGAGCCUGAAGGUGAAGGGGGUGGAGUCAGGUGACCAGGGCCUGUACACCUGCACCCUGAGCUUCAGCCUGGGCGGAGUCAACGGGAGCGUGUCCGAGACCAUCGACGCCGAGGUCAAAGGAGAUUAUUGUCUUCGUCCUCAAGUGCGAGAACCGGCCAACGACGUGAUCAGAGCCGAUCUGGGGACUCGCCUGGCGAAGCGUUGCCUGGUGUUCGUUCCGUGUGAGGGCACCCUCUCUGCUGGACGUGGACAUGUACUGUUCGAGCGGGUCUUCUCGGUGCCGGGCGAAGUGGCGAUGCUGAACAGCACUCUGCUCUCGCCCUCGUGCCUCAACCUGUCGGCCGAGGCCCCCGACGUCGCCUGGUACCGGCUGGACUCCGACCGGCCGCUCGCCAACCGCAGCGGGCGCCUCCUGGUGGCGGCCGAGACCCUGUGGUUCCUCAACGUCACCCUGGAGGACGCCGGCGAGUACGUGACCGUGGUCAGGACGCCGGGGGGAUGCUGUCGUCAGGAGACCAAACUGAUUGUGGACGUGCCGCGGUCCCCGUGUGGACGUCCCAACAAAGCAGGACAACGUCUGACCAAAGGAGUGACCGACCGCCUGGCCUGUCCCCUCAAAGACUACGUCCACAAACUGUCCAGCUACGGCCUCAACUACUCCAUCACCUGGUUCAAGGGCUGUGAGCGGGUCGUGGACUCUCGGGGUCGGUUCGAGUACUGGGGCACGAGCCUGAAGGUGAAGGGGGUGGAGUCAGGUGACCAGGGCCUGUACACCUGCACCCUGAGCUUCAGCCUGGGCGGAGUCAACGGGAGCGUGUCCGAGACCAUCGACGCCGAGGUCAAAGGAGAUUAUUGUCUUCGUCCUCAAGUGCGAGAACCGGCCAACGACGUGAUCAGAGCCGAUCUGGGGACUCGCCUGGCGAAGCGUUGCCUGGUGUUCGUUCCGUGUGAGGGGCGCCCUCUGCUGGACGUGGACAUGUACUGGUAUGUGUUGGAGUGGAAGUUCGUGGAGAGUGACCCGUCCGAGCGCGUCCACUUCACACCGCAGAGGACGGUGCAGACGUUGGAGGACGGCGUGUGGUUGGAGACGUGGCUCAUCAUCUCUGAGCUUCAGGACGACGACUUCAACCAAACCUACACCUGCAUCACCACCAGCGGCCGAGGGAGCGAGUUCUCCUCCUUCACACUACUGCGUACAGAGCCGGAGCUGUUCCUGCCGCUGGGUCUGGGUCUGGGCUCCUGUCUGCUCCUGCUCCUGCUCUCCGUCUCCGUCUACCACGUCUUCAAAGUCGACCUGGCUCUGUGGACCCGAGCGACCUUCCCCGGACUCUACCGCCGCACAGCGCCUGACGGGAAGUUGUACGACGCGUACGUGGCGUUCCCUCCGACCUGCGGGGGGGGCUGGUCAGACGUGGAGCGUUUCGCCCUCCAGACUUUGCCUCUCGUCCUGGAGGAAAACUGUGGAUUCUCCCUGUUCAUCCCCGGAAGAGACUGUCUCCCCGGACAAGCGGUGGUGGACUCUGUGGAGCAGAACCUUCAGGCGAGUCGCCGCGUCCUCCUGCUCUACGGCGCCUCCACCUUCAGCAAGAGGCGCUGCACCGGCGACAACAACAACACGCUGCUCUCCAGACCCCUGAGCGACCAGACCGACCAGAACCUCCUCCAGUCUGGGACCAAGGAGCACCUCAGCCUCAACACCAGCAAGGACCACCUCAACACCAGCAAGGUCCACCUCAACACCAGCAAGGAACAUCUCAAAACCAGCAAGGACCACCUCAACACCUGCAAGGACCACCUCAACACCAGCAAGGUCCACCUCAACACCUGCAAGGAACAUCUCAACCUCAAAACCAGCAAGGAACAUCUCAGUACCAGCAACUACCACCUCAACACCAGCAAGGACCACCUGAAGACCUCCAAGGAACAUCUCAAUCUGAACACCAGCUUGGACCAUCUCAACUCGGACACCAGCAAGAAACAUCUCGACACCAGCAAGGACCAUCUGAACACCAGCAAGGACCAUCUGAACACCAGCAAGGAACAUCUCAAACUGAACACCAGCUUGGACCACCUCAACCUUAACACCAGCAAAGACCACCUGAACACCAGUAAGGAUGUUUUGAACACCAGUAAGGAACAUCUCCAGCGGAACACCAACAAUAACCCCGAGAUCAUAAAUCUGAAGGACCUGAGUUCAGACAAAGAGCGUGUGAAGAGUCCAGAGGUGGAGGGGGGCUUGGACCCCCCCGGCGAGCUCGGGUGUGGGCAGGACCUGUGUGGACACGCCCGGGCACAUCUGGAGUGUGUGGCGGCCAUGCACAGGGCUCUGCUGGAGAGAUCUCUGAAGGUGAUCCUGGUGGAGCUGGAGGAGUUGGGUUCUUCAGACGUUGAGCUCCUCCCGGAGUCGGUGCGUCACCUGCGUCGGACUCAAGGCGCCGUUCGCUGGUGGAAGAGUCGGAGUCGUCGUCGGAGGAGGAGCGGCGCCCCCCGGUGGACGGCGUGCGGCGCGAGGACGACGGGCGACGACGCGGACGCGGACGUAGAGGCGCCGCUGUCGCCCUGCGUGUCUCCGAGCUGCAGGUUCUGGAAGGAGGUGCGGUACCGGAUGCCCGUGAGGUAGAGACGCGACGACGGCGCCGAGACCGGACGAUUCGCCGAGUCGGACGUCGACGGAAUAAAAACGUUUACUUUUCCUCGUCGCCGCCGCAGAGUCUCGUGUUUGAACUUUUAG